AUGCAGUUCCGCUCAGCUUUAAUUCUAUUUUCUUUUGUCACGUCGACCUAUGCCUACAAUAUCUUGUUUUAUAAUGCUGCCAGGAUCGGACAGUCGCAUGUCUUUUACGUGGGAAGACUAGCGGAUUGGCUCAGUGAGGCUGGACAUAAUGUGGUAAGAAGGGGUUUGUUGGGUGGUUUUUAAAUUACGUUACCUAAAUAUUUUUUUCAAUUUUUUCUUAAUUUUAAAUAGCAGUAUCAGAUUUGCUUUUAAAAACAGGAGCCGCCCUCAUUUUAGUACUACUCUUGUCUUUAUGAAUUAGUACUCCUCUACUGUUACAAAAGUAGGGCCGCGUUUUGGUCUUUGGAACGGUACAGAUGGGUCUCUUUGAAAUUUGUAGUCUCGGACUGAGCUUGACUUAGUGAAUCCCUUUUUAAGCCUAAAAACGAUCGAAAGUAAAAAAUUUUAACUUUCAGAAAUAGUAAAAAAAAAGUAUUUGUUAUAAUGGGUAUUUUGUUAAAACCACCUUAUUUUCAGACUUUCUACCAACAAGACGUAGCCAAAUCGUCCAACAAAGUUGGAGUAAAAUUGGCUAGAGCCUAUGUACGACCUCAAAUUAAUUUUACAAUUGAAGAUUUUGAUCAAGACGAGUUUUGGACGGCUAACCGUGAUGCUAAUCUGAAGGUGAGAACAACAUAAAUGGUUUUUCAAAUUACAAUGAAUAUUUUUAGUUUUUGCAAUUCUUCGGCAACUCUCAAAACAAGGCUUGUGUUUGUAAGUUUUACAAUUCCCAUAAUAGCAUUACUAAAAUCAUAUUUUUUAUAAUUAUGAUGACACAAAACUAGUUUGUAGAUUACAGUUGAACUCCUGUAUAACGAAUCGGUUAAUCACUAGACCAACCUUUAUUUUUUAAAAUUAAAAAAAAUUAAUUUUGCGUAGAACAUUUGUAUAUCUAUACUGUAGAACUUGAAUGCAAAAUCGCCCGGAGUUUCAAUUGCUCGUUAUACAAAAAUUUUGUUAUAGAGGAGUCUGUUAUACAAGCGUUCUACAAUAUUUGCUGUAAGCCGCUUUUAAGCGAAACUUUAAGCUUAAAAGGUUCUUAAUUUAUCUUUUUUUAGUCAGAUUUCCGACCCGUAUUUUACAAAACUAAGAAUUUUAUAAAAGAUUUAUCAAUACAUUAUUUUCAGCCCAACUGAACGAUGAUCAACUGAUAGCCCAGAUAAAAUCAGAAAAGUAUGAUUUUGCAGUGGUUGAAUACUUUGAUUGUUGUGCCUAUGCCAUCAUUGAAAAAGCCGGAAUCAAAAAGUAUGGCACAGCUUCAGCGCUCAUGUUGAACAAGCUGAUAUCCGACUCCUUGGGCUUGCCUUUAGGUUUGGGCGUUAUUCCUAGUAAGUUAAAGCUAAUUGUUUAAAGAUCUCUUGCUUGAGAACAGAAAUAGCAAGAACUUUCUUUACAGAUCAAAAAUUAGCAAAAACUUUCUUUACAAAACAAAAAAUGGCAAGAACUUUCUUUACAAAGCAAAAAAUAACAAGAACUUUCUUUACAAAACAACAAAUGGCAUAAACUUUCUUUACAAAACACAAUAUUUUCUAACCAGAAAAUUUCUUUUAAGACUGGAACGAUGAUCUAAGCCCUCAACCAACCUUUAGUCAACGCCUUCACGCUCUAAUUGGUCAUUAUACUGGAACUUUCAUCUACAGCAAGUACAUUUUUGGCCCACUAAUAAAAACCAUCAAACAACUUCACAACCCAAACUUUGAUAUUAAGCAUCACAUCUCCCAAAGCUCUUACAUCUUCGUUAACAGUGAUGAACAUCUGGCUCUUCAACAACCUAUAACUUCGAAAAUACUCUAUGUUGGAGGCACUGAUGCCAAACAAAAGCCGAUUAAAGCGUUAAACCAUGACAUUCAAAAGAUUGUGGAUAGUGCUGAAGAAGGUGUAGUACUGGUUUCGUUUGGUACUGUAGCCAAGGCUUCGGAAAUGCCAAAACAAUUGAGUGAUGCGUUGGUCGAUACCUUCAAAACUUACCCAAAAAUCAAUUUUAUAUGGAAAUACGAAGUUGAAGACACGGUCGGAGCCAAUGUGACAAACUUAUUCAAACGCCCAUGGGUACCACAACAUGAUUUGUUGGGAAACAAGAAGAUUCUGGCCUUCAUAACUCACGGUGGACUGAAUAGUAUUAGUGAGACGGCUGAGAUGGGGGUACCUACUGUUUGUAUACCUGUGUUUGGAGAUCAACCUUUGAAUUGCCAAGCUGCUCAAGCUCAUGGCAUUUCUAUUAUGAUGGACAAGGCUACGUUAACUGCUGAGACAUUGAAGAAGACUUUGGAUACGGUUAUGCAUGAUCAAAGGUAAGGUUGCAUAAUUAACUGCUCUUACUUGUCUUGCCCUGUGCUCUGCAUUGCUGUGCCCUACUCUUGCCGUGCUCUGCUCCAUAUGCUUCGCUACUUAUUAUAUAAUAUUAAAAUUUCAAUUAAAAUUUUAAAAUUUCAGUAUGCGCAAAAAAGUCAAACAAAUGGCCGAUCUUAUCAACCACAAGCCAAUCCCGUCUAAAGAACGUUUUGUAAAGCACGUUGAGCACGCCAUCCGUUUCAAUGUGAAUGAAGCUCUAGAUAUGGCUGCUCGAUCUCAAGGCUUUGUCAGAGGCUACAAUCUUGACUUUAUCGCUGCUCAGCUAGCUGUAUUAGCGACAGUGUUGAUUGUUUUUUAUUAUAGUACAAAGUUGACGAUACGAAUGUUGAUGAAGAUUGUAUAUAAGUUGUAUGAUAUGAGUACGAGUAGAGUUGGAUUGCAAAAGAAAAUUGAUUAA